AUGCAUGCAGCAGCAGCAGCAGCAACAGCAGCAGCAAUAAACAGCAGCAACAAUAAACAGCAGCAGCAGCACCACAACCACCAACAGCAGCAUCAUCACGACUACUGCCUGCAGCAUCAGCAGCAACGGCAGCAACAGCAGCAACAUCACGACUACCAGCAACAGCAGCAUCAGCAGCAACAGGAGCAACAGCAGCAUCAGCAUCAUCACCAGCAGCAGCAGCAUCACGACUACCAGCAGCAGCAGCAGCAGAAGCAUCAUGACUACCACCACCAGCAGCAGCACCAGCAUCACGACUAUCACCACCAGCACCAGCAGCAGCAUCACGACAACCAGCAGCAGCAGCAUCACGACAACCAGCAGCAGCACCAUCACGACAACCACCACCAGCAGCAGCAGCAGCAGGAGCAGCAGCAGGAGCAGGAGCAGGAGCAGCAGCAGCACCUGUAA